CCUCCUCUGCUCGCUCCGGCUGAUGGACGGAGCCAGAGGACAGCGGUCGUGCAGUGAGACAGACUACUACUACGAGUACACAGAGUGCGACAGUACGGGAUCUCGAUGGAGAGUGGCCAUCCCGCACAGAACCGGGGCCUGCACGGGACUACCAGAGCCUGUACGCGGCACAGAGUGCACCUUCUCCUGCGAGUCUGGGGAGUUCCUGGAGAUGUCGGCUCAGGAGUGCACCAAGUGCGCCGCUGGAAGCUACUCCCUCGGCAGCGGCAUCCGCUUCGACCAAUGGGAUUCCAUGCCUGCUGGGUUCAGUAGCCUGGCAACCUCCCUGGAAAACGGCCCCCGCGGAGACGACGGGGUCACCUGCAACAGUUCUUCCUGGGUGCCUCAAGGAAACUACCUGGAGUCCAACAGGGACGAGUGCACGGUCUCCCUCAUCUAUGCCGUGCAUCUGAAGAAACAGGGCUCCGUCACCUUCGAGUACCAGUAUCCAGACAACAACCUGCUGUUUGAGUUCUUUAUCCAGAACGACCAGUGUCAGGAGAUGGACCAGUCCACUGAUACCAAGUGGCUCCAGCUCACCAAUCAUGGUGAAUGGGCGACCCACACUGUGAACCUGAAAUCUGGCACCAACAUCCUCUACUGGAGAACAGGAGGCGUCGUGAUGGGGACCAAAGUGGUGAAGCCUGUUUUGCUGAAAAAUGUCCAAAUAGAAGGAGUUGCAUAUACGUCGGAGUGUUUUCCGUGUAAGCCCGGGACGUUCAGCCAGGUCCCAGGCUCCUCCACGUGUGAACCCUGCCCUCGGGACACCUACGCUGGCCACGGGGCCAGCUCCUGCACUCCCUGUGACACCACCAUUCAGUUUGCAGCUGAGGGAUCGGCUGUGUGUAAGAACAGACCUCCGUGUUCCGUGAAGGACUAUUUCCAGAUCCACACAGCAUGUGACCACGACGGCAAGACGCAGGUCAUAUAUAAGUGGAUCGAGCCUCAGAUCUGUCUGGAGGGUGUGAGCGGAGCCGAGACGUUGCCUCCGGGCGGAGAACCGGAGCCCUGCCCCCCCUGCAACCCUGGUUUCUAUAACAAUGACACAGCCACCUGCUCCCCCUGCCCGACCGGGACCUACUCUGACGGACUGCAACCGUGUAAGCAGUGUCCAGCAGGCACCGAGCCCACCUUGGGCUACGAGUAUAAAUGGUGGAAUAUUCUUCCUGCGAACAUGAAGACCUCCUGUUUUAAUGUGGGCAACUCCAAGUGCGACAGUAUGAAUGGCUGGGAGGUGGCAGGGGAUUACAUCCAGAGUGGAGCAGGAAGCUCGGAUAACGAUUACCUCAUCCUCAACAUCCAUGUUCCUGGCUUCAAGCUUCCUACUGCAAUAUCCAGCCAUUCAGGGACAGAGUUCGGUCGCAUAACGUUUGAGUUUGAAACUCUGUGCGCGGCCGAUUGUGAGCUCUACUUCAUGAUGGAUGUAAACAGGAAGAGUACCACUGUGGUGGAGUCAUGGGAGAAAACCAAGACGAGACAGACGUACACAUACGUCAUGACCAAGAACGCCCCGGUUUCCUACACGUGGGCUUUCCAGAGGACUAACCAGCCUGCAGAUGCCCGUCGGUACGUCAACGACGUGGCAAGAAUCUACUCCAUCUCCGUGAGUAACGCAGUGGACGGGGGGUCCUCUGGGUGUCGGGCUUGUGCGCUCAGCACUCAACCGUCCAGCUCCACCUGUGUGCCGUGCCCACCUGGACAUUACAUUGACACACGCAGCAGCCAGUGCAUGGAGUGUCCACCGAACACGCACCUGGUCUCUCACGCCACGCCGGGCCCCGAGGCGUGCAAACCCUGCGGCCCAGCCAGCAAGAGUGACAAGGACCACAGUUUGUGUUACAGUGACUGUCACUUCAGCCACACAGAGGGAAACGUCACUCUGACCUUUGACCUCAGCCUCCUCGGCUCCGUGGGGUCUCUGAUGAACGGUCCCAGCUUUACCUCCAAAGGAACUAAGUACUUCCACCAGUUCAAUAUCAGCCUGUGUGGAGGACAGGGUCAGCUGGCGUCGUGCACAGACAACGUAACAGACCUCUCCAUCACUGACUACCAGAGGGAGAAAGGUGAAGGAGCCAAUGCUGUCAAGACCUUCAUCUGUCAGUCAACUAUCAUCCCAGCGAGCGGACGAGGUUUCCACACAGCGCUCUCCUCUCAGUCCAUUAACCUGGCCGACACCUUCCUCGGAGCAACAGUAGACGAUACACUCGAUGGAAUAAGGGCGAGACCAGACCUCUACCCCCAGAAAGCGAAGAAAGUUCCCGAUAUCAACUUCUACUACAGGUCUUUGGAGGCGACCUCGUCUUGUGAGUCCGGUCGCAGUGCGGUGCUGACACUCCGCUGUAACCCAGAGAGGAGCACUAAAGGAGAGCUGUCAGUUUCCAGCCAGUGCCCUGCAGGAACAUGUGACGGCUGCACCUUUCACUUCCUGUGGGAGAGCUCGGGGGCGUGUCCCACAUGCACGGCGAGAGAUUACCAUCAGAUAGAAGGAGCGUGCAAGGGAGGAAACCAGGACCUGCUGUCUGUGUGGACUGAGCCCAAGCUGUGCAUGGGGGGGGUGAGCCUGCCUGAUAAGAGGACGCUGCCGUGUGAAGGUGUGGAGUUCUGGAUCCGGCUCGGUGCCGGCGUGGGCGCCUUCACCGCCGUGCUGCUCGUCUCCCUCACCUGCUACUUCUGGAAAAAGAACAAACGGCUGGAGUAUAAGUACUCCCGGCUGGUGAUUUCGGCCAAUAAGGAGUGUGACAUGCCAGGAGCCGACAGCUGUGCCGUGAUGGAGGGAGAGAACGAGGGCGACAUGGACGAUGAAGUCGUCUACACAAAGCCCUCUCUGCUCGGCAAACUCAAAGCCAUAGCCUCCAAGGGAAACGGUGAGAAGUACGAAAACGUGCAGCUGAACUCGUCUCAUUCGAAAAACCUGGUGUGGAGCUAGGGUGGCGGCAAAGUGGGUGGGAGUGAGAGACGAGAGCAGACCCUCGUGAGACUUUCCACUGAUGGACCCUUUAACCGACCUCCCCCUUUAUGAGCUUUGGUACCUGGAAUACCAACCGUGUGUCACAAACAUACCUACACACACCCACACACGCACACACGCCAGGCAGGUACCGAGAGCCAGGUUCAGAGGAGUCGCACCAACACGCAGGCCUUAAAGCUUAGUAUGACUGAGCCGUCCAACUGGAAGCAUAGUACUGUGAAGCAGGCGUGAGCGAUAGACGCUCCUGAUUCAAACUGAUGUCAGAGAGGCCGAUAGAAGAGCUCAGGGUGAGACAAGGACCUAUAUGAGAAGUUUAUUUAUUUCAGUCUGUGUAGUAUCUGAUAUUUCUUUCGACAGCCACGCUGCAUCAUCAGGGUCACCGUGGUUAGUGUGCGUUUGUGUGUGUCUUCAUCUCCCAUAGACAUUUACACAGACUGAUAUAUUUUGUCAAAAAAAGUCUAUAUCUUCUCAUUCGCACUCUUUGGUUGUCGAAGUCACUGCACUAAGAUCUGCCGACCAAUGGAAAAUGAAGAGGACGUUGUUUGUGUUGAUUAUCAA